AUGGCCGAAGAUCCCACGCCUUGCCUAGGUGACGAGGUGCAAAACCGCGAAGACCUGACGCAUUGGGUGACGAUGGAACCGACGGGUGGAAUCUUCGCGCCCACAGGCGAUCACCCGCAACGCAUCAUUGAUCCGAGCGCCGGCACAGGCAUAUGGGCUAUAGAAACGGCUGACAAGUUCGAAAGUUCCUCUGCCAUUGGUCUGGAUAGGACGCAGAUCCGGCAGAUGUUCAUCCCACCCAACCUGAAGUACAUCCUCGGCGACAUGAAGAAGGAGUGGUAUUGGGCCUACGACUUUGACCCUGUGCACCUCCGCCACAUCUGCCCGUUGGUCAAACCCAGCCGCGUUGACCAGAUCCUCCGUUAG